AAACGCGGCCUCAUCCUCCACUGCAUGCUUUUAUUGGUCCUUGGACUUGAACAGUACGCAUCAUACUCGAAAGUGUUUCUCGAGCACCUAGCCUCUGCGCUCAAAGUGCCUAAGACCGUACUCGUGGACGAUGAGAUCAGAAUCGCUGCAGGGCUUUCAGAGAUUGUCGAGAGCAUUCCCGCGGAGGAACUCAACCAAAAGCGACUCGAGGAGUGCACCAAGCCGACCCGAAAAUCAAGAGCUGGCAACCUUGAUCGAUUGGCAGCAGGCCCUACCGCAGCAUCCUCCACGCUCGCCCCAUGCCUCGCAAAACAAGGUAUUGGCAGCAUGUUUCUUGGCAGGGCGCGCAUUCCGCCAAGCACGGCAGCAGCCUUGCUCGGAAAUGUGAAUGAGAGCACGGUGGCCGUUGGUACUAUCUUUGGCCUGUACGGAGGCCGGCUGGGCGGCAAGGCGAUCGAUAGUUAUGCGAGGGAUGUGCAGGACUUUGGCUUGCUUUCCCUGAGGGGAGACACAUACUCGGAGCUUCUUGACCCAAAGGACGUUCCUGCUCAACAUCGGCGUCUUCGAAUGUGUAUCGCUGUAUCGGGUUGGAUCACGGGCGCGACAAGUCCUUUUGGCAAUAGCUGGAAGGCAAUCGGUGAUCGCAACGAGAGCUACACCCUACAAUGGGAGAUGGACGCUGUCGCCAAAAUGGGACUUGCCCUGGAGACAGUCAUGAAGAGCAGAGCUUGGAGCCUGGCGCGCAAAGACGCCAUCUCUAAGGACGUUUUCACAUGUCUGAGAGCCUCCUUGUGGCCUGCCAGCCUUAUCAAGAUCAGCAAGGUCAUUGAAAACCCCUGGAUCGUCGGGAUUGUCCGAGCAGAAAAGGCGGGACAGGUGUUGGCCGAAACAUUAUUGAACAGAGUACAAGGAGAGAGAGGCGUGAGCCUGGUGGGCUUCAGUCUUGGCGCCCGAGUCAUCUACUCCUGUCUCAUGUCGCUAGCCGAAAAGCGAGCUUUCGGCCUAGUUCACGAUGUCGUCCUCAUGGGCUCCCCAAUACCGACCGAGAUCCGAGUCUGGGCCGCAAUCCGGAGUGUUGUCACUGGUCGUGUGAUAAAUGCUUACUCAAAGGAGGACUUCAUCCUCGGGUUCUUGUCUCGAGGCACGAAUUGGCAGUAUGGAGUUGCCGGUCUCCAAAGCAUACAAGGAGUGGCCAAUGUCGAAAACAUAGAUCUCGGUGGUCUCGCAAGCAAUCAUUUCCGAUAUCAAUGCCUCACGUCUCACAUCCUACAGAAGUCAGGUUGGGAUGAUAUGAAGCCUGAGCAAAUUGCCUCCGACAAACGG